UAGUCGGAUAGGAACUAGCUGCUAUGGUCACGCUGUCAAUGUGCGAGUGAUUGAGGCAUCUGCUCACACAGCCUCAAACUUUGCCACCAUGUUCGUCUUAGUAGAGAUGGUGGAUACUGUGCGGACUACGCCCUGGCAAUUUGACCGCAAGCUCAAUGAUUCCAUAGUGGAAGAGCUGAACAAGAAAUUAGCCAACAAGGUGGUGUAUAACGUGGGUCUCUGCAUCUGUCUCUACGACAUCACCAAGCUAGAAGACUCCUACAUCUUCCCUGGAGACGGAGCGUGUCACACAAAAGUCCAUUUUCGCUACAUCGUUUUCCGUCCCUUCCUUGAUGAAAUCCUGAUGGGAAAGAUCAAAGGCUGCAGCCAGGAGGGCGUUCACUUGUCUCUUGGCUUCUUUGAUGAUAUUUUGAUACCUCCAGAGUCCUUGCAACAGCCGGCUAAAUUUGAUGAGGCAGAGCAGGUUUGGGUGUGGGAAUAUGAGACGGAGGAGGGGGCUCACGAUCUUUACAUGGACAUAGGGGAGGAUAUACAAUUCAGAGUUGUGGACGAGACUUUCUUAGACACUUCUCCAACUGGACCCACUGCUACAGAUGCCUCAUCUGGAGAGGCCCCAGAGGAAGUUCAGCGCAAGGAAGCACCUUACACGUUGGUGGGCUCUAUAAGUGAGCCAGGACUGGGGCUGCUCUCCUGGUGGACCAACAACUAACCAAGGAAUUCGGAGUUCUGGACUUUAGAUGUUGUCAACCAUUCAGGUUGCAGAGAUUUCCAGGAUACGUGUGCGGAGAACGGUGCCAAGUGAUGGCUGGGACCAGCAACAUCUGGAAAUAAAACAGCUGAAAGCAGUCUGCAGGAGGAAGAACGUACUGUUCACAACAAAGCCACCUCUUAUCUGUUAUACAAGUGGGGUGAACUCACGUUGUGCUAAAUGUAUAUAUAUUAUUUUUGUAUUUAGUUUUAUUAAAUGGACUUCAUAUGGAAAGCAGCACAUUCUGUAACUAGAGCUGUUAUCUAUAUUUUGGGAAUGUCAGCUUUUGUAACCUUCCUCAUGCUUCAUGUUACUGUAGGACACAUAAGAGUAUUAAGCACUUUGGGACUGCUGGGUAAUAGGCACUUCCUGCUCACACUCCCCGCAAAAGGGGGGUGCGCUGUAGGUUGAGCAGAGAGUGAAUAUGGGGUGACUCAGGCUUCCUCUCCAUACAGAGAUUUGCCUGUGCAUUAGAUCACCUUCUUGCUUGGUGUCCCUGGGGCUACAAGGCCAACCGCAACUAAAUAAAACCCACUUAACUACAAUAAACCCACAUGUGUGUUGCUUCUUGGGCAGAAAACCAUCUCUGGGUAUUUUACAUUAUACCUGUGUGCCCCCUUUAUUUAAUCUCAGAUUCUUGCUUCUUCAUAAGGAAAACAAAUAAAUAAUAACCAGGAUAGUCAUGCCACAGUGUCACCAGUCACCACUAAUGGGCACUCACACGCAUGAUACUGGUAUUUCUGUAGCCCUGCUUUCUGGGUGUUGGGAGGGGGGAGGAGAAGAGAGAAAUUACCCAUAGGUACUUGUGCAGAACUAGAUCUAGCAGGCGCAUGGUGCCAAGCAGAGAGAACUGGGUAACCUGGCAGCAGCAUUUAUUGUGACGUGUCCAGCAUUAAAGAAAAUAAACAGUCUAGAAAUAUAGUAACAACUCACAGGUAAAAUGUCCUGUUUCAAUUACAUUAAAGCUACAAAAAAAACUUGUAGGUAAGAAAGGGCAAAAACUACACGUUCCAGAUACUAACAGGAAGUGAAUGUUUGUGUGAACCUCAUCUAUAGGGAUAGACCUCAAAAUGAACUAUACAUAAACACAGGAAUAUCGGGGGGGGGGGGGUGUUGUUUAUGCUUUUAUUAAAUAUGGAUUAAAAUGUUUUUUAGAUGCAUUAGAAAACAAAUUACUUUAAAUGUUUCCUGUGUUUGCUUUACCUUGGUGCUUUCAAAUUCUUGCUUGGUGAUGUCUGCGCACCAUUAUGCAUGAAAUGCAUCACAUGUACAACUUUUUGUUUUAAUAAACGUAUUGUCAGUA